CGCCGCGGUACCUGCGCCGCGCGUCCACGUGAGCGCCACAUCAGCGCCGCUCCGCGCCCUCAAAGUCAGCCAGCGGCCGCUCGGGGGGCAGCCGGUGGCCGCGCUCCACCUUCCCUUCCCUGUUUCCUUCACCCCCGCUCUCCUCAGCGGCCCGGCCCGGCCCGGGGCUCAGCCGGCCCCGGCUCGGGAAGAUGCUGCAGUCGCUGGCGGGCAGCUCCUGCGUGCGGCUGGUGGAGCAGCACCGCUCCGCCUGGUGCUUCGCGCUGCUGGUGCUGGGCUACCUGCUUUACCUGGUGUUCGGCGCCGUGGUCUUCUCCUCGGUGGAGCUGCCCUACGAAGACCUGCUGCGCCAGGAGCUGGGCAAGCUGAAGCAGCGCUUCCUGGAGGAGCACGCCUGCCUCUCGGAACAGCAGCUGGAGCAGUUCCUGAUGCGGGUGCUGGAGGCCAGCAACUACGGCGUCUCGGUGCUCAGCAACGCCUCGGGAAACUGGAACUGGGACUUCACCUCCUCCCUCUUCUUCGCCAGCACCGUCCUCUCCACCACGGGUUAUGGACACACAGUGCCUUUAUCUGAUGGGGGAAAGGCCUUCUGCAUCAUCUACUCGGUCAUCGGGAUCCCGUUCACACUGCUGUUCCUGACGGCCGUGGUGCAGCGCAUCAUCGUCUACGUCACCAGGCGCCCGGUGCUCUACUUCCACAUCCGCUGGGGCUUCUCCAAGCAGGUCGUUGCAAUCAUCCAUGCUAUGGUCCUCGGCUUCAUCACUGUCUCCUGCUUCUUCUUAAUCCCAGCAGCAAUAUUUUCUGUCCUGGAAGAUGACUGGAAUUUUUUGGAGUCAUUUUAUUUUUGUUUCAUUUCCCUGAGUACCAUUGGUCUCGGAGACUAUGUGCCAGGAGAAGGCUACAAUCAAAAAUUCCGAGAGCUGUAUAAAAUUGGAAUUACAUGUUAUCUGUUGAUGGGCCUUAUCGCAAUGUUGGUGGUUCUUGAGACUUUCUGUGAACUCCAUGAACUCAAAAAGUUUAGGAAGUUGUUUUAUGUGAAGAAGGACAAGGAAGAGGACCAAGUGCAUAUAAUGGAACAUGACCAGCUCUCCUUCUCUUCCAUCUCAGACCAAGCAGCCUCCAUGAAGGACGAUCAGAAGGCAAACGAGCCUUUUGUGAAUUCCCAGUCCCCAACUUCCAAUGACAGCUCUCUAAACAAUUAAUACACGGGUAUCCAUACCAGUGUUUUGGUGCAUUUAUGCUACUUACCAUAAGAAAUAGAAAGCCUCAUAUUUUUUUCUCAAAUUAUAAAAGCUGGAAGACUGUGCUUCUUUAACAAGGAUUCAUCACUUCUGACAUAGAAAAGACUUCGGCAAAAAUGUGGGAGCCACCCUGGGAAGAGGGAAUAAAUGUAAGAUGUGGCUGGGAACAUAAGGCCAUUUUGGUUGAGGGGUAAGGAUUUAGGUGUACUGCAUUCAGAGAUGCCAGAGAGAAAGGCUUGCACAAGCAACUUCAUUGAACAUCUAUAGGAGACAAGGCCUUCACUGACAUCCAGCUCUUUGAGUUGCAUGCCCCGUCUUGCAACUGGUUGACAGCAGAUUUUGGAAUGUGCACUUAUGAUAGCCACAGAUUUAAUCCAAUAGCUAGCAUCCUAAUCUGGAAAACAUUUUCAGAGCAAUAUCUCUAGAUGUGGUGGAGGGGGGGAAUAUCUAGGUCCUCCCUCUAUUACCCAGUAACUUGUAGGUGUAAACAAUUAUUCCGGGAAGGAUAAAAUAAGACUGCAAUCCCUCCUUUGCCCAUGCUACUUACAUCUUAAUUUCCUACUUCCUUAAAAGGGCCUCCAAUCACCAGAAAAAUGUUGUCCUGAAGAGAGUGUGCCUUGGGUCUUCUGUGCUGUUUGUUUUUUGUAUGAAAUACUUUCCUGAGAGAUAGCAAAAGCAAUUCUAAGCUCUGGAUGAGGUGACAUGGUAGGGAAGGAAGACAGAUGCAUUUCAGUCUUCUGAAAUGGGCAGUAGUGGAUAUUUAGCUGCUAAAAACGAGUCAGCAUAUGCCACACAUGACUGGCACAGUCAUGUGCUUGUGGCAUUCUCCUAAUAGAUGGUUGAAACCUGCUCAGCAGAAGGACUCAGUGCUGUUCCUCCCACAGUCCAGCCCAGUGUGUGCUCUUCUGAGCUGGUGGGCACACAGAGGAACAGAAACAGCAUCACCUUUGAACAUAGCUCUUGUUUCUUCUUUUGCUUUUCUAACUCGUAACUCGGAACACUUUGGAGCAGAAGGGAAUGUUUCAGGGCAAAACAAUUUUUCAGUUUUUCGUAUGGUAAGAAAAAAGGAAAAAUGUCACAUUUGGUUCGGAUGGAACCGAAUUUUUUUCCCCUUGGGAAAAGUUAUUAAAAAGUCAAGAUCUUGCUCAACUUCUGAAGCUGGAACCUCUUUGACUGUAACAGCAGAGGUGUUUUAGUCCAGCUACCAGUCACUGUGCUGAAUGCAGGUACCUCAGAGUGAAUUUCAGUGAGCAUGAGAUGACAUUUAAGUGGUUGUAGUACUUUCUCUUCUGGCCUUAAGAAUCUUAUGAUAGGGGAAUCUUGAUAAUGCUUUGCAAUGAACAAAAGAUCUGGAGCACAAAUAGCCAUAAUAGGACAGCCUCCCACAUAGGAACAGUGUAGAGGAGAGCCUUUUACCUGCAGUGCAAGCAUGCCAGAUUGCCUGUAAUUUGGCUUUUAGUGUUUAGAGCUGAAUAAUAAUUUACUGUAAAGAAAACAAUUGCAGCGUGUCUAGAUUUAGCGCACGUGGGAAAAAUACUUGAAAGUAAAUAACCCAAAAUAUACUGUGUUUGAGCUUAAUUAUAGCUAGCAUCAAACAGGUUUUUAUAUCUUUACUGGAAAAACUUACUUUAUGGUUAAAUCAGCUGAAAGUCUUCAAUUGAAAUUUAUAUUUGUAGAAAAUCAGAGCUAAAGGUUUUGGUUGUUUUGAGUUUUACAGGUUAGGUGAGAGCAUAUUGUGUUUGCAUGUUCCCAGGAAAGUGGCUAUUUUUAUACUGCUUAGGUUAACACAGUUCUAUUUAUAAAGAAUGUUAACCAAUAUAUAUGUACAUAUAUACAUAAAUUUAUUUAUAUACUGUACAUAUAUCAUAAAUCACCAGAGUCUAACCGACUUAGGAAAGGCAUUUUAGAUAAUUUUUCCCCUUGUCUCCUCUUUAUACAGUCAAUAUUUGAAAACUAUGGCAUUAAAAUGACUCUGAUGUAAAAUUAUGAGUACUGUACUAUAAGAAACAUUUAUACUAUUUUUUUUCUGUGGAACUUUAUUGAUUGUUUUCAGUACCUUAAAAUUCAAAAAUUCUUUUAAUUUCCAUGUAAUAUUAAGCUCUAAAUGAUAUGCACAGAUGUUAAAUGACAUACAAAGUUACUUUUGCAGCGUGUACAGAAAUGCAAAAUGUAGACACGUGAAGUGAAAGCACAGAAUUCAAAGCAGAAGCGAUAAACUAAGCAGUAUACUGUGAUUGUAGGUGAAUAUUUGUUAUUUUAAACUGAAAUAAAAAGUCUGGCUUUUGCCUCCCUGCACUAUGAAGUGGGAGUAUUUUCUUUAGUGGAAUGUGUGCCUUGAAGAAGUCCUGUCUGCAUUUGUGCAUCCUUUAGUUAGCCUUCCUCAGCUCAAGGAGGCUCUAUUAAUGCCAGUGUUGUACCUAACGUUGUUAUUAAUUGUGGCUUAGUAUUGUGCUGGUUAUUCCUUUAAAGAAAAAAAAAAAAAAAAAAAAAGAGCAAUCCAGGGUAUGUUUGGUUUUAUUUCAGAUGCUGACUGACUAGAGCAAAUAAAAAAUAGUGACAUAGCAUUUAUCCUGUCCUUAUGAACCAACUACUCCAAUAUUUGAGAAAUCUGAAAAACUGAUGAAAAUAAUGGCCCUCAUAUAGCUUUUAUAACUUCACAUGAAGCCAGAAUAUAAGAUGAGUUGAAUCUGGAAUCCAGAUCAGAAGGAGAAAGAUUAUUAUGCAAUAACCUCAGUGCAAAGUGCAUACCUUACCUAGAGGCAAACUGUGAAGCAGGUGCAUGUAAACCCAGAUGGAGAGCAAUGGUGCUGAAAAAAAGUCACAGGAGAGAGUUAGAAAUGCAAGCAAAUUUCUUGUACACAUAAAUGCAAAUUACUUGUACACGUAAAAGAAUUGCCUGGGUUAUGUCCUCACUCUCCUGUCUUCAAUUGUUCCAGGCAUAUAUCCCAUUAAUAGCUUUAUUCCUGUGCUACAGCUGACAUUUGCCAUCUUGUCAUUCUCUGUCAGUCAUUAAAUAUAAACUUGUUUUAUUGGUAUUUCAAGGGAAAGGACUGGCAGGAUAUUCAUUGUGUUGGAGGAAAGAAAAUGGAAAAACCCACUCGAGUUUUGAUUUUGAAGCUGAGUGACAGCCAUGUUGUCCCUUAAUGAAGGUGUUCUCUUCCCAAAGUUUCUUCCCAAGGUCCGCCAGUGGCACCUUGUGUGGGUGCUGAAGACUUGCUGGAGGUUGAAAUAAGUUAUUUUUGAAGUAGAUAAUUCCAGAGACUGGGGCAGUUUACAGCUUUAAUGUCAGCACUGCAAAACCUCCCUAGCUGGGUGCUUAUGAACCAGGGGAGUUGCAUAAGAGCAGCAGUUCUGGGUUACAUUAAAUAUUUGUCUAGCCCAGUGUUUGGUCUCUGGCAAUAGCCAGGGGCAAGAUGUGAACUUGUGUAAGGAAGGGGCAAGUGUGUAUCAACCAUUGCCCAGGAUGAUCUAACUCCCAGCAGUGUGCAGCUCUGGAUCCAUGACAGUAUCUAGGAGGGAUGGGAAGUCGAUGUAGGUGUGGUGUGUGGAAGAGAUUCUACAGUGAGGUGCCUGCUCCCUGCUUUGGUCAGUGAGAGAUUGUCCUGCACAGGAGCAAAUGGAGAUUUCCCACAAAGCUGUUUCAAGUUAGGUGCUUUGCAGUUAGCAGGUAACUUGCAUGGAAUGGGCUCUUGAAAAAGGGAGUAAGGGAAAAAGGGGAAAGAGGAAAUCCUUUUAUGUGCUGUUACUUGGACAGUGCUAUCCUGUAGGUAGAUAGGAACUUGCACACAACCUGUUUGCUAAUGCCAAAUCCUGUAUUUACGUGUUACAAUUUGCUUUGUAAACCGUUGCCACAAAUGUAGUGAGAUAAGUAGCUAAAAAUACCACUGCCCUAACGUUAUUCCAUUAUUCAUUCUUGUAGAUUCUGCUUUCUACUGAAGCAAAAUAAAGCAAAAAUAUUACUAUAAUGGGAAACAGUGUUGUUCCAAGUGUGCACCAGUACAAGAAAAUGGGGUUUCUCUUCUCUGCACUACCAUCAGUAUUGCAGCAUAUAUCAAAAAGCUUCUGGAGAGCCAAAAAAAAUUUCUUGUUGCUUGUUUCAAACAGAAACCGUAUUUUUGAGAUUCUGGAGCCUGCUUCUGCAAAGCUACAUCUUGCUUAAUGCAGAUUAGGUACUUGGUGUAUGUAAUUUUAAUGCUUACUGUGUCAGUCUCAUUGCUUCCUAAGUUACCAUUCCACUUACUUUUUAUCACAGAGUUCUUACCACAGUUAUCUUCCAAGGUCAUCGUGUUGCCCCUGAGUGUGAGGACUGUGAUGCAGUUGUUUUGCUGGUGAUGGUGCAGGUUUGCCAGGGCCGUUGCCUUAGCUGAUAACAAGACGAUCUCACUCGUGGCAGUGAGAUCAUUUGGGGCCAAAUGACAGAUUUAGGUAAUGAGGAGGGACAGUGUGGCUGGGAGCGGGUGCAUGGGCUGACAGCCAAUGUCAGGAAGAAAUCAUCCUGGCAAACUGCUAAGUGACCACAUAGUUUUCACUGGGCUUCAUUGCCUGUCACUAGGAGUUAGAGGAAGGAAGAGCAAGGACAUUGCCAAAAGUCUUCUGAAAUGAAGUUUAGUGGAAGUUUUUCACCAUUUAUCUACAUUUAUCUGCAGUUGCACCAUAUAUUCUAUGAAUCAGGAUAUUGGUUUGGCAUUUCCCCACUGUAGAUGGCUCCUGUGGCCCCUGAGGCAAGUUAUGCUUGUUAUCCUAACAAGCUUUUUCUGUCUGAAGUUUACUUAGUGUUCAGACUCAUGAGCAGGAGCAUAGGUCAGUGCCACUACUGAAACUUUGCAAGGGCAAAUGUGGCUCAAGGCACUGCCUGGCCUUGGGUCAGCCUUUCAUUUUAGUGCCUAGCCUGUCUAGAAAGAUAGGAAUGAACUCUCUACCUUAAAAAGAGAGAAACUCUUCUAGGAGGCUCAAAAUUUCCCAAAUCCAUUUAAUGCUGAUCCCAGGAUUUUCAUAGUCUUAUGUGUAUAGUGCAUAUGUGCAAGUAUUGGGAGGAGCACGUAGAACUGACACUUCUUUUCUCUAUACCUGAUUUUUUUUGAGACUGGUUUACUCCCUUAACCUUCUGAAUUUCUCUUCUCCAUUCAGGAACAUGGCUCACAGUAUUCUCUGAUUGUCCUUAAGCUCUCACUAGUACCUAGCUGGGCCAUCUCAAUAGGUAGCAAGGUGAGAUUGAGAGAGUAGAAAGUGACUUCAUCAUCUGCCCUAAUGAUGGGGACAAGGUGAGGGGACAAGAAAGCCCCAUCCCCACCAUUUAGCUUUAGCUGCAGCCACCACUUUAUUUCUAAAACCAUUUCCUAUGUCUGGCACAAAAAGACUGUAUGAUUCACUCAUCUGUACUGUGCAUGUCAGCCAGUGCUUGUGCUAAUGGUAACAUAAUGACAUAAAAACUAAUAGCUCAUCUAGAAGAAAUAAAUUGGUUUAUUUUUC